AUGUUGGAGGCCGCACCGGGCGACCACAUAGCCAUCAUCCACCUUGAGAACGGUCACACCACCCUUCCCCAGAAUCAACCCAAGAAGCCCCUGAACCGCGGUACUGUCUUCCUCUACGGCACCAGCCAGCCCAAGGAGGAGGAGCGCCUCUUUGACGUCCACCUUGUCUGGAACAAGCAGGGCACUGGUGGUGACGGCCGUGGCCGCCUCCUGGCCACCCGCAACUACGACGACGGCCAGUGCUAUCAACCAAACAGCGGCGCCAUCAGCAUGGAGCGGGCUACCAAGCUGGCUUCUCAGGGCGCCUCGCACGACAUUGAGCUUGGCUGCCAGUCCACCCUCCAGCUGCCCACCGACCUCAAGCCCGGCUCCAUCUACACCAUCUACUGGUACUGGGACUGGCCUGACCUGAACGCCGACUCCAUCGACUUCCAGGCUACCACCAACGGCCUCUACCCCUGGGCUGGCACCUUUAUGCGUGGAGAAAAGGAUCCUCACGGCUUCACCAUGGCCGCCAUUGCCAAGAAUGAGAGUUACGCCAGCACCAUCGACAUCAAGAUCACAGCUCGGGGCGACCACGCCGCCGGUAUGGGAUCGUACGUCGAUGACCAGAACAUCUACACCAAGGCUCUCAAGUCUCAGAUGGACAGCAACUUUGAGGUUGCCAUCGACGUCAACGGUGCCAAAGACGGCCCCGGCGCACCUCCUGCCGCUCCUAUCCUGCCUAUCUCUUCUGUGGCCCCCAUUCAGCCUCCUCUGGGUGCGCCGCCCAUCAGCACU